GGAAGAAAAAAAAAAAACAAGCCAAACAUGCAAAACUUUUCCUCUUACUCGAGAAAAGAGGAGCCGACAUGGAUGCAAAGUUUGUGUGAGUGAAAGUAAACCGAGCGAGGAAAACCGAUAAAAGUAUGAUAACACAAGCAGCACUUUGGGUGGUGUUUAGUUAGGAAAGUUUGCAGCGGAGUUAUGGCGGUGGAGGCUCCAGACACAGCACGGCAGAGGAAGAGAAAGACCAAGGAGAACAAAACCAGGACCGUGCACGCAAAUAUCCUCCUCAAGCACGGCAAGGGGGAGGACAACCCGAACCGGCACUAUGCGGACAACCAGAUCAAGACCACCAAGUACACGCUGCUGUCCUUCCUGCCCAAGAACCUGUUCGAGCAGUUCCACCGCUUCGCCAACGUCUACUUCGUGUUCAUCGCGCUGCUCAACUUCGUGCCGGCGGUCAACGCUUUCCAGCCCGAGCUGGCCCUGGCCCCCGUGGCCUUCAUCCUGUCCGUCACCGCCAUCAAGGACCUGUGGGAGGACUACAGGAGGCACCGGUCGGACCAGGAGAUCAACCACAUGGACUGUCUGGUCUACAGCAGAUCAGAGAAACGCUAUGUGGAGAAGUACUGGAAAGAGGUGCGGGUUGGAGACUUCAUCAGGCUGAGAUGUAACGAGAUCCUUCCUGCCGACGUCCUGCUGCUGAGCUCCAGCGACCCGGAUCGCUUGUGCCACAUUGAGACCGCCACACUGGAUGGAGAGACCAACCUGAAACAGAGGCAGGUGGUCCGCAGCUUCUACGACCUGGACUGCGAUUUCGACCCACUAAAGUACAACAGUGUAAUUGAAUGUGAAAAGCCCAACAAUGACCUGAACAGGUUCAGAGGCUACAUAAUCCAUCGAUGCAGCAGAAGAGAUGCACUUUACAAGGAAAACCUGCUGCUGCGAGGCUGCACCAUCCGCAACACAGAGGAGGCCGUGGGAAUAGUCAUUUAUGCAGGUCAUGAGACCAAAGCCAUGCUGAACAACAAUGGCCCGCGUUACAAGCGCAGUAAACUGGAGAGACAGAUGAAUGUAGAUGUGUUCUGGUGUGUCAUCAUCCUGCUGGUUAUGUGCCUGUUUACUGCUCUCGGUCACGGCGUAUGGAUGUUUCAGUACGGAGAUAAGAGACCUGUAUUUGACGUUCUUAGUCCAGAAGGGACGGCCUUAUCACCCAUUAUGUCAGCCAUUUAUCUCUUCUUCACAAUGAUCAUCGUCUUUCAGGUGCUGAUACCCAUCUCCCUCUUUGUGUCAAUUGAAAUUGUCAAGAUCUGCCAAGUGUACUUCAUCCAUCAGGACGUGGAUCUGUACGACGAAGAAACCGACUCUCACCUGCAGUGCAGAGCACUUAAUAUUACCGAGGAUCUGGGCCAGAUGCAAUACAUCUUCUCUGACAAGACGGGGACACUGACGGAAAACAAGAUGGUGUUCCGACGGUGCACCGUGGCAGGGGUGGAGUACUCCCAUGACGCCAACGCUAAAAGACUUGCCAUGUAUCAAGAAAUGGAUUCUGAGGAGGAGGAAUGUAUGUCUAACGGUGGCACCCUCCCCAGGCGGGACAGCGUGUCCAGCCACCAGAGCGGACGAGUGGUGCUGCGCUCUCACAGCACCAAGUCCCACCGCAGGACGGGGAGCAGGGCCGAAGCCAAGCGAGCCAGUAUUCUGUCCAAGCACACAGCCUUCAGCAGCCCCAUGGAGAAGGACAUCACCCCUGACCCUCAGCUCAUGGACAAAGUCAAUGAAUGCAGCAGUCAGAUGGAUUUCAUGCGAUUCCACAGCCAGCCUAUGUCCCAGCUGCCCUCUGAGCUGUCUGACAUCGUGGACUUCUUCAUUGCUCUCACCAUCUGCAACACGGUGGUGGUGUCCUCCCCCAACCAGCCCAGGCACAAGGUCCGGACGAGGUUUGAGAUGAAAUCUCCAGUUAAAACCAUUGAAGACUUCAUUAAACGCUUCACGCCCAGCCGCUUGACCUCAGGCUCCAACAGCAGCAGCUCCUCCAGUCUAAACCGUUCCAACAAGGGAUGUUCCAGCAUGCUGUCUUCCCCUUCAGCAGAGAGCACGCUUACCAAACUGAGCGAGGAGCAGCCCUCCAGAGGUUUAGAGCACACCCUCAGCCCCGUCCCCCCCUGCUAUGACCAGAAGGCCUUUUGCAGCCUCGGGGAAGGAGAGCUGCGCUACGAGGCAGAGUCCCCCGAUGAAGCUGCGCUGGUCUACGCUGCCAGGGCCUACAAGUGCUCCCUUGUUGGGCGUCUUCCAGACCAGGUGACUGUGGAGCUGCCUCACCUGGGGAAGCUGAGCUUUGAGCUGCUGCACACACUGGGAUUUGACUCAACCAGGAAGCGCAUGUCUGUGGUGGUCCGACACCCUCUCACCGAUCAGAUUACUGUCUAUACAAAGGGAGCUGACUCCGUCAUCAUGGACCUCAUCAAACCCCCCAACACAGGCAACCCUAAAGGGAAACGCCAGAAGAAGAUCAUCUGCAGGACCCAGAACUACCUGAACCUUUAUGCGGCAGAUGGCCUUCGCACCCUGUGCAUUGCUAAAAAGGUUCUGAGCAAAGAUGAAUACGCCCGCUGGGUGCAGCAUCACUUAGAGGCUGAGACGGCCAUUCAGAGAAGAGAGGAGUUGCUCUUUGAGUCGGCCUUGAGACUGGAGACAAACCUCCAGCUUUUGGGAGCCACCGGCAUCGAGGAUCGGCUGCAAGACGGCGUGCCUGAAACUAUAGCUGCGCUUAGGAAAGCCGGCUUGCAGAUAUGGGUGCUGACAGGUGACAAACAGGAAACGGCGGUCAACAUCGCCUAUGCCUGCAAGCUGCUGGAUCCCGACGAGGAGAUCAUGACUCUCAAUGCAGAUUCUCAGGAAGCGUGUGCGUUGUUGCUGGAGGAGAGUUUGCACUAUAUCCAGGCCAAAUUCCUCUGCAGUCCCGGAGACCAAUCUGCCAAACCCUUCCACACAAACUUUGCGCCCUUUGAGAUCUAUCCAUCCUCACCUCCGUCCUCCUCAUCCGCUCACACCGUUCCCUUCUUGGUCCACCGUCUGGGCUUGGUCAUCGAUGGGAGGACCUUGGCCUACGCCCUGGAUAAGAGCUUGGAGGAUAAGUUUCUGGCUGUUGCCCGGAGCUGCCGCUCGGUGCUGUGCUGCCGGUCCACGCCACUGCAGAAGAGCAUGGUGGUCAAACUGGUGCGGAACAAGCUGAAGGUCAUGACCCUGGCUAUAGGUGACGGGGCCAAUGACGUCAGUAUGAUCCAGGUGGCCGACAUUGGCGUAGGGAUCUCCGGACAGGAGGGUAUGCAGGCGGUGAUGGCGAGUGACUUUGCUCUCCCACGUUUCCGGUAUCUCCAGAAGCUUCUGCUGGUUCAUGGACACUGGUGUUAUUCUCGACUGGCAAACAUGAUCAUGUAUUUCUUCUACAAGAACGCUAUGUUUGUGGCAAUCGUAUUCUGGUUUCAGUUCUACUGUGGGUUCUCUGGUUCAGCUAUGAUCGACCAGUGGUACCUCAUCUUCUUCAACUUGAUGUUUUCCGCCUUUCCCCAACUCAUCACUGGCACUCUGGACAAAGACGUGUCAGAGGAGACUCUCCAACAAUUACCUCAGCUCUACAUGAACGGCCAAAACUCUGAGGAAUACAAGCCAUACAUGUUCUGGAUGAACAUGAUCGACGCCUUCUACCAAAGUCUGGUCUGCUUCUUCAUUCCCUACUUUGCCUAUGCUGACUCAGACGUGGAUCUGUUUACAUGGGGAACUCCCAUCACAGCCAUCGCUUUAUUCACCAUUCUGGUGCAUUUGGGCAUCGAGACCAAAACUUGGACCUGGGUGAACUGGCUGUCGAUAGCCUUCAGCAUAUCCUUAUUCUUCACCGUGGCUCUGUGCUACAACGCGUCCUGUCCCACCUGCUACGCCCCCUCCAACCCCUACUGGACCAUACAGAGGCUUCUGCAGGACCCUCUCUUCUACCUGCUGUGCACCAUCACUCCUGUAGCCGCGCUGCUGCCCCGAUAUUUCUACAGGGCGUGUCAAGGCACACUGUUUCCAAACCCAGUGCAAGUUGGAAGGGAGUUGGAUAAACUCCCCGCUGAAACCCGAAAGAACAUCCUCAGCCUGAGCAGGGUCAGGAGAGGGUCACCGCUCAGUUCCAGGUCUCCGUUUAUGUGUCUCACCAAGCUAUCUACCAAAGGUUGUGAUAAAAAAGACCAAAGGAGCCUACCUGAAUCUCAAGCAUCACGGGCCAAACAAGGGCCCGUUUUACAAAAAGAUGGAGAGACAACGCAUAGAGGCGCGUCAGAUCUGUACACGCUGGUUUCUACAGAAUCAGACACUCUUCCCUACACCAAAGACACUCCUCCCCCUGCCGGAGAGCUGCAGCUUCCUUCCACCAAAGACUCGGAGCGUCUUGAUAAGAGCUCAGAGCCUGCAGACGUGAGCGUGUCCAGCUGGAUGACCUCCACGCCUCUGGUCCGACAGGCCGAUAGGGUCCAGCUGAACCUGCCUCCUGACGGAGCGUUGGAGUCAGUGAAAUACACAAAGAGCUCAGGGGAAGGACUCACACCUGACCACACGGUUCAGCCAGCACACAGAACUGAGCAGGUGGCAGAACAGUCGCUGCACACCGCCUUGUGAUGUCUUACCCUUCAAGUAUGUUACCCAUACUCCAAUUUGCACGAUAGUUUGUUGUUUUUUUUAAUGAAUUUAUAUGUAUAUAUAAAAUUUUAUUAUGUUUUUCGAUGAUAUUCUUUUAUAGAAAUAUGCAAGAAGGUACUCUGUUUUGGAUGUAAAGCUAUUUUAGAGAUUUGGGAGACUGAACAACUGGAAUAUCUCCUUCUGGGUUUUUCUUUUUCUCUUCUUUUUUUUACUGGGAAAUUUAGAUUUCAAAAAGAUGCAUCUCAGAACUUUAUCAGGUUUUAAUAUAAAACUUAUUUUGGGAGUUUUUUUCCCCCUCUUAGAUACAGCACCUUUUUGCUUUUGGCUGGACUUGCAGGGGCUUUGCGGCCUGGACCAGAUGGCCGUGUGGCUCCGAAUCCCUGCUGGUAUUGCUCCCAACAAGAAAUGUUUUAUGUUUCCAGUCUGCGCAUCAAUGCAGAUGAUCCCAAAGGUUUUUGUUUUCGUGCAGCAUUGGCAUUAGCUCAGUGCAUGUCAGUCUUUGUGCUGGAUUAUGUGUUUUACUCACUUUUUAAAGCGAUGAAGAGCAUCAUGACGAGUAUCAACGUUGCACAGUAAAUUAUGCUGAAUAUUAAUUUGAGCUGUUGACUUUGCAUACAGUUGUGUAUCAUGGCAACUCGGGAUAACGUUUUAAUUUCAAUCUUUGUAUGCUCAGAAUCUACCAGGAAUUAUGCUCGGUUUGCAUGCGUCUCAGACUUCUUUGAAGGGUUUGGACUUGGUUUUAAGUUUAGAAUCAGGUUUAGGUUGGUUUUGCAAAAGUGUGUGUGUGGGGGGUGGGGGCUAGUUUUUAUAUCUAUAAAUGUCCUCACUGUGCGUCAGUGGGCGCAUGUUGACUCACUGGAUUUUUUCAGCAGUGCUAGACAGUUUUAUGUGAUAAAUGCAAACAUUAUCAUGUUGGGUUUUUAUUACACUUCCUACCGAGAGUUAAAAUGACGCGACACGGUUGGUUAUUUCCAUGCCUGACUCCAAACGGGGCAGGUAGCCAGGCUUUGUCCAAAUGUGAUAAACGUCCACCUUCUGGCAUCUCGAAAGCUCAUUAAUUAUUAUGCAUUUCAAUUUUAUGCACAAAACAACCUUGUCCUGAAGUCUGCCGGGUAAUACGUAAAACCUCCAAUAAGCUACUGCACACCGCCAAGACGUCUGGAUUAUUAUUGCAAUAACAUUUAAAGAUUCUAGUCUGUUUUUUGGUUUGACUCAAAGAAACAUGAUCUAAACAAGUUAAGUUGGUGGGUUUUGUUUCAUGUAACCAAAAGCGAUCUCUGCUUUACGCCCCUUAACCCGUAUGUCGCCAUAGCUGGAUUUUUGAAGGGGAACAGACGACGAACACUUGGUUUUCUGGUUUUUAAGAACAGAUAUUUGGGUCUUUAGUGCCUAACAACUGGAAAACAUAGACAUAACACAACCCUGUCACUUUAUGUGCAAGUUACAAUCUGAAAAUACCUGAUUCAUAGUUACUCUGAUACCAGAUGGAGAGUAGAUGAAUCCGGCCUCAUCUUUAUCUCCACCCAGCUUCUUUAGCGUGAGGAGGUGGAGUGAUGUGGCAGUCCCUGUAGUAUUCUUGUCUAAAGAUACCAUACACACUUAAUCAAGAUCUCUUAAAAAUGACCAUUGUGCUGAUUGAUAUCUAGUAGAACCGCUCUUGACGUGUUUUAGCUGGCUUAAACAUCUUGGAAGCCCGCUACAGGCUUUUUACAAUAUUUUGCCAUAGUUGUAGUCCGUUCCUGUUGGCAGAACCGGAGAUGGGCGAGCCUCUUCAGUGCAGCCCAGAAACUGUAAGGUUGUAAUCAGGGCUUUAUCGUAGUUGGUCCAAAACCUUCAUUCUGCUUCCCCCCCAGUCACUUUACCAUGGAUUGGAGGUAUGUUUGCCGUUGCUGUUCGUUUGGAAGGCCCCUCCAUGGCCGAGCUUUAACUUGUCAGCUGGUGUAUUAAGGUGUUUUUCUCAGUAAAUCCUCAGGAUCCUCUUUGUGAAAACCAUCUCAUUAAAACUUCACAUCAAACAUGUUAAUCUGACAGACUGGAGGUUCGAUGUUUGCUCGUCGCUUUCUUUGUUGGGGUCCCGGGCUGACCUAAGGGAUGCUGGCCUUCGUCUGGUUUUGUCUUUCAAGAAGCUCAGUUUUCUGCUCUCCAAAGAUGCAAAUGAGCAGCUGCUAAACAAGUCCUUUCAGCAAUGCACGGGGUUGCGAGAAGCUGUAGUCAUUUACUCGACAGCGCUUUUAACAGUUUAUUUCAUGUGCUGGCUUUCUCUUAAACCAGUCUGUUUUUGUCUUUUUUUGUACGUUUGUUUAUUUGUUUGUGUGUGUGUCAGUGUUCAGCUGAAAAACCAAAUCCUCAGUACUGAAAGGUCUCUCCUAAUGUAAAAAAACUGCUUUAAAAUGUAAGUUUGCACUUUGAAUCAUUAAGUCAGAGCUGCCGUUGAGUAUUUUUAGCAAAGAUGAAACAUUCAUUGGUGGGAAACGCAAUGCAAAUAAUAGGCGUUGUCCGUUCUUAUUUAUGCAAACCAUAUAUUUCUGUCACAGUGCACAAACUAACUAUGGGAGUGCAAAGAGGCUACAGAUUUACAGAUUUAUUGAUGUGCAGUGAAAGCAGCAGCACCUUUAACGGAUGACAAUUGUUGUAUCUAUUGCAAUGUUUUUAUAAAAAGCCAAACAUUUACCAAAGUCAUUUAUAUUUCUGUGUUUUCUAAGCAAAUGGUAUGUGCCUUAACACUGGAUAAGAAUGAUGUAAUGAUCGAUAUGAUGCUGAAUCAGUUUUUUUUUUAAUGACAGAGCAGCGGUGUGUUUAUAGAUAUUUAUGAGGCCGCGUGCUCUGUGGUUUCUUUUCCUCCUGACUUUUUUUUUCUUUUUUUUGCACAUGGUGCAUUUCUCUGGCACGCUGUUCAGGUCUGUUCACUCUGCCUUACCGGUUCUGUUCGUUCUGUACUUUCUGCGUCACACUUUGUUUGCCAACAUGAAGCUCGAGUGUUCACUGCUGCGUUCCAACAUUCCCACUUAAAACAUUCCUCUCAGCAAUGUUGGUUCAUUUAACCUCGCACAGCCUCGAAUAUAUCCCAUAUGAGCCCGUUUUGUUGGCUUUCUAUUUUUGUAUUUUGGUUACAAGCCAGGGCUGCUGUAAGUUCACGUGUCUUGCGGUGGUUGUGAUAUACGUGGAGAAGUUUUGUCUGUUCUUCACCAUCUACGUCUGUUGCAGCCUGGCACUCCUCUCUGAGGCCGUAGGACAUGCCCAAGUGGGAAAAACUACAUGUUAUUCAGAUGUUUUUCAUAUCAGAUUUUUGUCCUUUUACAGUAAUUGGAAAUGUCCUGUACAUGGUUACCUGUGAACAAAAUAAACAGCAA